AUGGAAGCAGGUGCGGAAGAAGCGGGGGACAAAGCCGGAGCAGAUGAUGAGCGGGAAAAUAAUGUGCAAUCAGAAAAGCCGGCAGAAGCUUACCAGGGUAUACCACGGGUGUCGCAGAAUCCGGGGCAGAGAGCUGAAGGCACCCGCAGACCCAAUGUCGUGGUGAAUGAGAAACAGAUUAAUAACGACCCUACACCGACUCGUGAGCUGAGAGCGAAUCCAAAUCAGGCCGGAACGAGGAGGUUGGUGGGGGAGAGGCCCAGGCGUGCGGCGGAGGAGAGCGAGCAUGUGGUUGUUCGGGGCGAGAAAGGUGGCUUAGUGAUUCAUUCCUCGCGUGUCUAUGCGGGCGAUACGGGAGAUGUGCUACCGUCCCCAGUUUGGCAAGACACUAGGGAGCACUUUGGCGACCCACCGGAGGUCUUUGACAACGAGGGAGACGCGGUGAUGUGCCUAGGCGAGCAACAGGAAGAUGAAGGUGGAAAGCCGUUCCUGCGCGCCCUAAAGUUUCUCAUAAAAUCGCAUAGGCUUAAGAUGAUCGCACUUUUUGAGCCCAAGGUCUCCGGCGAUCAUGCAAAUCUUAUAUGCAAACAGAUUGGCUUCUCUGAUUGGAUUAGAGUGGAGGCAAUUGGGUUCAGUGGUGGUAUUUGGAUUUUUUGGGAAGAUUCACUGCGAGUCACGGUUUCCUUUACUCACCCCCAAUUUGUUUUGUUGCAGGUGUGGGAGAGUAGCCAGCCACCGUGGUGGCUUGCUGCAGUUUAUGGCAGCCCUACACACCACCUUCGGAGGCGCCUCUGGCAGGAUCUAAGGCAAUCAACACGUGGGAUUGUUGGGCCUUGGAUUGCAGCCGGAGAUUUUAAUUCGGUACUGUCUAAGGACGAGACGAGUAAUUACUCUUCUUUUUCUUCCCGCAGGUGUUCUGACUUCGCGUAUUGGAUCCUGGAAGAAGGUUUAAUUGAUAUGGGAUUCUCAGGGCCAAAUUUGACUUGGGUGAAGGAUGGGAACACCAACAACACUAAGGGUGCCCGAUUAGACCGGGCUCUGUGUAGUGCCGAUUGGAGAAUGCGGUUUCCUGAGGCGUCUGUUUCUCACCUCGCUCGUUUCUCAUCUGAUCAUGCUCCUAUCCUCGUUUGCCUGGAUGGAAGCAAGAACCGGAGGAAAGCGGCUCCCUUCGCUUUUCAAGCGGCAUGGCUCACACAUGCGGACAUCCGUAAUGUAGUUGCGCGAACCUGGGAAGAGGGGAAGGGGGUGAUGGCAAAUACGGGCACCUUGGCUAAAACCUUGUCAACCUGGAAUAAAGAUGUAUUUGGUAAUGUUUUCAAACGCAAGAAGAUUCUAGCCUCCCGCAUAAGUGGCAUACAGAGGUGUUUAGCGGAAAACCAUCACAAGGGGCUUAUCAAGCUCGAGCUCAAACUCAGAAAAGAGCUGGAAACCACUCUCCAACAAGAGGAGCUUAUUUGGUUUCAAAAAUCGCGCGAAGAUUGGAUUUGUUCGGGUGACAGAAACACGGCAUUCUACCAUGCAGCAACGGCAAUACGCAAAGCCCGGGCCCCGGUUCGGGCGCUUCUUGAUGAGAAUGGGGAGUGGAUCACGCAAGAUGAAGCUUUGAAACGCCACGUCAGACUUUUUUAUAAGCAGCUCUUUACGGAAGAUACAGAGAGGACUAUACCAGUUCAGUACUAUGCUAAUUUUCCCCGCCUGCGGCCUAUUGACUGGGCGGUGUUUAACAGAUCAGUCUCGAAAGAGGAAGUCCAUGCUGCGCUCAAGGACAUGAAGCCUUUCAAGGCGCCAGGCCCGGAUGGUUUCCAAGCGGGGUUUUAUCAACACAUGUGGGACAAGACAGGGGAUGACGUGUUCAGUUUGGUUAAGCAGGCUUUCGCAACAGGUACUUUGCAGGAGGGUCUGAAUGAUACCCUUGUGGCAUUGAUUCCUAAGGUUCAGAGCCCGGAGACAGUCAAACAGUUUAGGCCAAUCAGCCUAUGCAACGUUGCGUACAAAAUUAUCACGAAGACGAUCACCAACAGACUUAAGCUUAUCCUACCUCAAAUAGUAGGCCCUUUCCAGAGCUCUUUUGUCCCCGGCAGGCAGAUUACGGACAACAUCCUCAUUUUUCAGGAGGUGAUGCACACAAUGCGGGAGAAGAAGGGUGAAACUGGGUACAUGGCAAUCAAGCUGGACCUUGAAAAGGCCUACGACCGGCUCUCUUGGGAUUUUAUUCGGGAUACCCUGGAUAAGACAGGUUUUACGGGGACUCUGAAGGAACUUAUGAUGACUUGUAUCCAAACUCCCAGGCUUUCCCUAAUCUGGAAUGGGGAACGGUUGGAGGCGUUCAGACCGGAAAGAGGCAUUAGACAGGGUGACGCAAUGUCUCCCGCUAUCUUUGUGUUAUGUAUGGAACGUUUAAGCCAGAUGAUUGUCAUGAAUCGAGAAAAGAAGGUUUGGAAGGGUAUAAAAAUUGCGAAAAAUGGCCCCACUCUAACUCAUCUUUGUUUUGCAGAUGACAUGGUGCUCUUUACGGAGGCCUCAAUGGAACAAGCAAAUGUCAUUUUGGAAUGCCUUGAGCAGUUUUGCCAAGCCUCGGGGCAAAAAAUCAGUCUUAGUAAAUCUCAAGUCUUCUUUUCAAAGAAUACCAGCCGGCAAAAGGUAGACGACAUCUCGCGGAGGCUCGGGAUUGAGCGUACGACGAACUUGGGUAAAUACCUAGGCGUGCCGGCCAUACACGGCCGGGUCACCAGUGCCACCCAUUCGGACCUGCUUGCUAGGAUAUCUGGUCGGCUAGACGGAUGGAAAGCGAAAACCCUUUCGCUUGCGGGUCGAGUUGUCCUUGCACGCUCGGUUCUGAAUGCUAUGCCGGCUUAUACCAUGCAGACGACCUAUCUUCCGAAGGGGGUUUGCUUGGAGAUAGAAAAACGAACGCGCAAAUUUGUGUGGGGAUCCAGUGACGCGGAUAGAAAGAUGAACUUGGUAAAUUGGAACUUGGUUACGACAGCAACAGAAGCGGGUGGGCUUGGAAUUAAGCGUAUGUGCGAGCUAAACAUGGCUUAUAUGGCGAAACUAGGAUGGAGGCUCCUGGCCGAGAAAGAUAGUCUCUGGGCACAGACAAUAAACGUGAAAUACAGGAAGUCGGAGGACAUCCAUGACCUGAGACAGGGACGGCGAAAGGUUUCAAAUGCUUGGCGUGGAAUUGCAGCAGCUUGGCCGGCCAUGCACCAGGGAGUGUCAUGUGUUGCCCGAAGUGGUGCUUCCACUCGGUUCUGGAUGGACAAGUGGAUCUCUACGGAACCUCUUUACGACCAGCUUUUGGCGCCUAUCCCUCUUCCGGAACUCUACGGUAUGGUGCGUGACUAUUGGGACGAAACAAGAGGAUGGAAAUGGGAAUUGUUGGAACACGCACUGCCACAAGAAGAAAUACGAAAUCUUGCAGGCAAAGUCUUAACGUCGGCAGAGAUUCAGGAUGAGCUGGGAUGGAGCAUGGAGAUUAACGGAAAGUUUACCGUCCGAUCUAUGUACCAAGCUUUGGUGGGCGAUCACCGAAACGCUCCGGAUGGCAUGUGGCGUAGAAUCUGGAGAAUGAAAGUUCCAGCAAGAGUUAGCAUGUUCCUUUGGCUCCUGCGACACAAGAAGCUUUUAACGAACGUCGAAAGAGCUAAAAGGAAGCUUACGGCUGAUCCUUUUUGUUUUCUUUGUGCAGGUAAGGUGGAGGACCUUCAACACUUGUUUCGCGAGUGCCCAGCAGCAAAAGGAAUCUGGGAAGCAAGCCUCCCUAGGCGAGUGAACGCGCAGCUGAAUGGCCUUGCCUGGGAGCAGUGGCUCGAGAUGAACCUGGAGGGUGAUGUGAGACGUGGCUUCGAUGAGAAUUGGCAGGCUCGUUUUGGGGCAAUACUAUGGUGGAUCUGGCGAUGGAGAAACGAAGGGAUUUUUAACCACAACAUCCAACCGUUUGAGGUGAAGCUAGGCUGGCUUGCUAAGUAUGACGUGGAGAUCAAGGAGGCUUUUAAAAAGAGACUGAACCCGGGUACUGGAGUUAUAACGGCAGCUAAUGAGCAGGUGGGCUGGACGAAACCUUCACGAGGAUGGCACAAGUUGAACGUGGAUGGCAGUUGCAAGGGAGAUGGAAUGGCCGGAUGUGGAGGUUUGAUCCGGGAUGAAGCUGGAGAAUACUGUGCAGGCUUCUCGUCCAGCGUUGGUCGUUGUCAAGUGCUCGAAGCGGAAGCUUGGGGGGUGUUCCAUGGUUUGCGUCUAGCGCGAGAGGAAGGUUGUGCAAAGCUUUUGGUAGAAAGUGACUCUAAGCAGCUUAUUGAUAAGUUGCGUAAGAAGGAUAAAGCAAGCAGUAAAGUCUGCAACAUUAUGUGGAGGUGCAUGCGUGAGGCUGAUAGGUUGCAACAAGUGGAGUAUGUUCAUGUGCGUCGUGAGGGAAACAAAGUGGCGGACUGGCUGGCGAGGUCAGCUAUUGCAACCCAAGUAGGGUACAGAGGUUUCAAGGAAGCUCCAAUCGAGAUAGAAGAGCUUCUCCAGCAAGACAAGAUGGGAGCUACUUUUCAUAGAAAUCUUUGA